AUGGCAGAAGCAAUCCCUUCUCCAAGAGGGCUGCCCAUACUGGGCAACGCCCUCGACAUCGAUGCCGAAUAUCCCAUGACCAGUCUCAACAACCUGGCAGACAGAUAUGGCGAGAUAUUCAAGCUCAGUCUAGGUGGACAUGAACGGGUCUUUAUCUGCAGCAAUGAAUUGCUCAACGAGGUCAUGGACGAGAGGCGCUUUGAAAAGGCCGUCACCGGAGCUCUUGUGCAUAUCCGAAGCGCCGUCCACGAUGGGCUGUUUACUGCCUUCCCCGGAGAGCAUAAUUGGGAAGUGGCACAUCGUGCGCUGAUGCCGGCGUUUGGACCGGUGCCAAUCAAUGCCAUGUUUGACGAAAUGCACGACAUUGCAACCCAGUUGAUCCUCAAGUGGGCUCGAUACGGACCGGACCACGAGAUCAAAGUCAGCGACGACUUCACUCGGCUCACCCUAGACUCGAUCGCCCUUUGCGCAAUGGGUACACGAUUCAACUCCUUCUACACCGAGGAAAUGCAUCCUUUCGUCAAGGCCAUGGUUGGCGUCCUUGUCGGAGCAGGGGAGAGGGCGCGGAGACCAGCCUUUGCUCCCGGAUACCUCUAUCGAGCUGCUGACCAACGCUUCCAAGAGAACGUUGAUCUGCUGGCCAAAGUUGCCACCAAUCUGGUGCGAGACCGCCGCCAGAAUCCUACGGACAAAAAGGACCUGCUGAACGCCAUGCUCCACAACAAAGAUCCCAAGACCGGCGAGCACUUGACCGAGGAGACAAUCACGAACAACAUGAUCACAUUCUUGAUCGCAGGUCAUGAGACGACAUCAGGACUAUUGUCGUUCCUGUUCUACGAGCUCCUGAAGAAUCCGGAAGCCUACCGAAAAGCGCAGGCCGAGGUCGACGAAGUGGUUGGCGAAGGGCCCGUCACUGUCCAACAUCUGUCGAAACUGAAGUAUAUCAAUGCCGUUAUGCGCGAGACGCUACGUCUCCAUCCAACAGCACCGGCUUUUACCGUUCGAGCCAAGCAGGACGAGAUUAUUGGCGGCAAGUAUCGAGUCACCAAGGACAUGCCACUGGUGUGUUUCCUGAUGGCGGCGCACCGAGAUCAUGCAGUCUACGGCGAGGAUGCUGAGAGAUUCGAGCCGGAACGGAUGCUCGACGAGCCGUUUGGCCAACUGCCACCCAACGCCUGGAAGCCAUUCGGGAACGGCACUAGGGGGUGUAUCGGGCGGCAAUUUGCAUGGCAGGAAGCUUUGCUGGCCGUGGCAAUGGUCCUCCAGAACUUCGACCUCAGCCUUGUCGACCCGACGUAUAAGCUCCAGAUCCAAUCCACGUUGACCAUCAAGCCGAAAGGCUUCUCUAUGCGCGCGAAAGUUCGCCAUCCGGAUUUCGAAGCUCGCUUGGCCGGGAUACCGUCCACCUCCUCCAAAGCAGACUCCCAUACACAGCACAGCGGGCCUAAACCUGCCGCCGAAUUGGCACAAUCGAAUCGACCUACCUUGUCUAUAUUCUAUGGGUCAAACGCGGGCACCUGUGAGGCAAUGGCGAAUUCUCUGGCUUCCUCGGCCGGCGCUCAUGGGUUCCAAGCCCAAGUUGACGUUCUUGACAAAGCUACAAACGCUGUGCCGCUGUCUGGGCCCGUCGUCAUCAUCACCUCGAGCUACGAGGGCGAACCACCAGAUAACGCGGCGCACUUUGUCUCGUGGCUGAAGAGUCUCCAGGGUGCGAAACUGGAUGGUGUCAAGUACGCUGUAUUUGGAUGUGGAAAUCGCGACUGGCAACAAACCUAUCACAAGAUCCCUAAGUUUGUGGAUACGACUUUGGCUGAGCGAGGUGCGGAGCGUCUCGUCCCGAGAGGAGCAGCCGAUGCCAACGAUGCAGCACUGUUUGACACCUACGACACUUGGAAAGAUGAGCAGCUGUGGCCGGCGAUUACGAAAGCCUUCGGAGCCCAGACAUCCGCGAGCAGCAAGGUUCCUGAAGCCAGUGGUCUGGACGUGAAGGUGUCCGUGGAGACGAGAGCCAGUCUUCUCCGUCAAGAUCUGCAGACUGCAAUGGUUCUGGAGACAGCCCUCCUGACCGACCCGGAGGUGCCUCAAAAACGACACAUGGAGAUCCAACUGCCGUCCGGAAUGACAUACAGGGCAGGCGACUACCUGGCCGUUCUGCCAUUCAACCCACUGCGGAAUGUGCGUCGAGCUAUGGCGCGAUUCAAUCUGCCUUGGGAUGCGGUGAUCACGAUCAGCCCGGACUCACACACGACGCUGCCCAAGGGCAAACCCGUUUCUUUGUUCGAAGUGCUAUCCGCGCUGGUCGAGCUGUCUCAACCCGCGACGUCCAAGCAGGUCAAGCAAGUCGCCGAGACGGUGGCCGAGCCCGAUCUCGCGCCGCGGCUCCAAAAGCUCGCGGGCGACGAUUUCAAAAGCGAAGUCGUCGACAGAAACCUGUCUCUGCUCGACCUGCUGGAGGAGUACCCGACAGCGCAGUUCUCCUUAGGCCAGUUCCUCGACGCUCUGCCUGCUAUGCGGAUUCGACAGUACAGCAUCUCGUCGUCGCCAUUGAAGGAUCCGUCACGGUGCACCAUCACAUACACUGUGGUGGAUGCGCCGUCGCGAGGGUCGAGUGCCGGCCGCCGAGGCCGCUUUUUGGGCGUGUCGAGCAACUACCUGCGCAGCCGCGAGCCGGGCGACUGGAUCCACGUCGCGGUGCGGCCAAGCCACGCAGGCUUCCACCUGCCGCUGGACGACAGCACACCCGUGCUGAUGGUUUGCGCGGGCACCGGACUUGCGCCGUUCCGCGCGUUCGUGCAGGAACGCGCGCUGAAAAUCGAGUCCGGGCGACAGCUGGGGCCAGCUCUGCUGUUCUACGGCUGCGGGUCGCCCAGCCAGGACGACAUCUAUGCCGAGGAAUUCGCAAGGUGGCAGCAGCAAGGCGCUGUCGAUGUGCGCCGGGCGUACUCGCGGCAUCCGGAUCAGAGCUUCGGUUGUCGGCAUGUGCAAGACCGCAUCUGGCAUGACCGAGACGAGGCCAGGAGCCUCUUCGUGCAGGAUGCCCGCGUCUACAUGUGCGGAGCGGGCGCCGUGGGUGCCGAGAUCAACAAGGUCAUGGCUCAAAUCUAUAUCGAAGCCAAGGGAGUCUCUCAGGAAGAGGCGGACGACUGGGUCGCCAGGUUGAAGGGUGUGCGGUACUGGGCGGACGUGUUUGCUUGA